GUGGGCCAAGUAAUACAGAGGUGCCUUGAGGCACACCAACAGUCUCCGUAUACACCUCGUGAGUGGUUAGAACACGUUAGUGACCAUGAACAUGAGCAGACUGCAGAAUGUGUGGCAUUUCAACAUGUCUAUGCUGAAUUUUUCAGCCACAUAUCAGACUGCGACCCUCACCUGACAGUAGUGAACAGUCUCUACUCUGCUGGUCUCAUCGACAGGACCACGAGAGACAGUCUAACUGACCCUUGCAAGCAGAGGGUGAGCCAAAUCCGGUGCCUGCUAGCUCGGCUGGAAGGUCUGAUCGAGACCAGACCAUGUGUCUACCACCAGCUAGUGGAUCUACUCGAACAAGAGGAGUUCAACCAACUGGGACAACUACUGAGAGAAAGUUAUGAUAAACAACUGGGGCAGGAUGGUAGAGGUCAUAUCAUCCUCUCAGAGAUAGUGGAGCGAGAUUCCUGUGUGCCUCAACGCUCUUCUGCAAUGAGGGACUAUCAGGAAGAACUUCAGAGACGCUACAUGCCAGCAGGAGGACAACAAUCAGUGGAGCACAAAUGGCCAGGGAAUUUCAUCCAGCAGGUUAUACCCACCAACCUAGCAAGGAUUACUAGAGAGAAGGUCUACCGAUCUACAGCAGAUGCCUUCACCCAAACCACGCUACACGGCAAUAUUGACGAAAUUGACCAGAGUAAAACCCCCAUUAGCAAGGAGCGCCUCUUUGAGGGGGACUCAAGGUGUGUUAUAGCACAAGGGGCAGCUGGGAUAGGCAAGAGCAUGUUUGCCCGAGAGCUGGCAGGCGAUUGGGCAGCUAACAAGGGGGCUAUGAGGCAGUUCCAGCUGCUCUACCUUGUCCCGCUUCGCUCCACCUGCUUCCACAAUGCUUCCACGGUCUUCGACUUGCUUCAUCCGAAGCCAAGCCUGUCGGUAGAGGGAGAGAUAGUAGCCAGCGAGGGAGAAGGGCUGCUACUUAUUCUAGACGGCUUUGAUGAGCUUCCAGAAGCACUACAAGAACGAAACUCAGUAUACGGUCGCUUGAUAUCAGGCCAGGAAUUACCCAAAGCACGCAUUCUCAUAACCAGUCGACCAAAGGCAGUAAAAGCUAUCGAGCGUCUUAUGGGCUCUAGGAGCAGGCAGGCAGUGAAUGUGGAGAUCCUGGGCUUUCAAAUGCAAGACAUAGAGUCCUGUGUACAAGCUAUGCUCACAGAGGAAUCCCAACAAAAGGCAUUCCUAAGGUACAUUGAGGAGAAUGUUGUCAUCAAGAACAUGAUGUACAUCCCUCUUCACACUGGAAUUGUCGUUGAGCUUUUCAGGCAAAGGUUUUCUACAAGUCGGAAUGAACCACUCGACACUAGAAACUAUGCAAUGACCCUUACAGAGCUCUUUAGAGACCUGUGCAGGUGUUUGCUCUACCGCGACAUUGCUUCAAAACAACCAAACGAUGCCCCGUCCUUUGGCGAAUUGCAGCUAGAAAGCCUUCCCUGUGGUGUCAAUAGCUCUUUUGAAACCCUAUGCUCACAUGCGUUUGACUCACUUGCCCAGCAGAAGUUGAUAUUUGAAAAGCUCCCAGCAAGCUUUGACCACAUGGGUUUCAUGAGAAGUGUAUCAGUCCAGGCCUGCGGACUCUUUACUCAGCCACGCAAUUCGUUUUCUUUCCACCACCUCACUAUCCAG